UGUCUUCCAUGCUCGAUCGUGUACGGAGACAUGAGAAAGGAUAUCGCACUGCAAUAUAAUGUAAGAUAUAAGAAGUAUUGACCUCCUCGACUUGGCUUUUUUUACCAACUCGUCUUCACCUGUCUAUACCGCAACCCUCCAACAUCACCGACAUAUCUCCAGACAUCAUGAAGUUCCAAUUCAUCGCUCUUGCCGCCUUUGCCGGCUACGUUAGCGCCACCACCUACGCUAAUUUCUGCAACGACGAGAACUGCUCAGACGGCUGUGGCAUUUCAGUCUCUGUUGACAACCCCGGUUGCCUCAACGAAAGCGGUCGCAAGUCAGUCUCGUUCCACGGCAGCAACAUUCAGGAAGCUCGCCUUGUCUUCUCCCCAGAGCAAAACUGCAACUGCCAGCAGAACUGUGUCCAAGUGGUGUAUGCCGGCGAGGGCCAAGCUGGCGGCCCUGCCUGCAUGUCUCUCGACGGCUACAAGGAGUCUCAGUCAUUCCGAUUCGUUGGUGGUGCGCAGUGCGACGCGAACAACUGUUAAACCAAGGUUCGGUGUAAUCUGGCGGCCGUGCUCUUGGCUUGUACUGUGUACCGCGUCGUCUUAAUAGAUACUUCGGGGCUUCUUAGUCGAACUUUUAUAAAGAGAAUUAUGACAUGUGUAAGGGCCA